GGUUACGCCGUCAUUGUAAUUAAGAAUUUGUUCUUAACUGACUUGCCUAGUUAAAUAAAGGUUAAAUAAAACAUAAACGUCAGCUGGCUUCCUGAUUUAAAUACAUGUAGAUUAGCUAGCUGGCUAGCAAGCUAAUAACAGCCUCGAUUCAAGUGCGAAUACAGCAGAGAAACAUGGAGGAGUCAGCAAGCACCAUAGAGGUCACAGUGAAGACCCUGGACUCCCGGAGCAGGAGCUACACUGUCCGGGGAGAGUUGACAUUGAAGAAGUUCAAAGAACACAUAUCUGCGUCAGUGAAUAUCCCAGCUGACAAGCAGAGACUAAUCUACCAGGGCAGAGUGCUGCAGGACGAGAGGACACUGAAUGAAUACAAUAUAGCUGAUAAGGUGAUCCACCUAGUGGAGCGUGCUCCUCCUCAGAACUCCCAAUCUGCUGGCGGGCGAGGACUGUCAUCAGGAGGAACAGAGGGAGGUGCCACCACCACCUCCUCCCAGGGAGGCCCCCAGGACCGCAACGGGAACAGCUACGUCAUGCUGGGAACCUUCAACCUGCCCAUCAACAUCAUGGACUCCCAGCAGAUACAGAUGCAAGUGCAGCAGAUGAUGGCAGGAGUGGGAGAAGCAGGAAGGAAUACCAGAGUCAGCACUGGACGCAAUGGCUCAAUGGAUAUGCAUAUCAACGUUGACCAAUCAGUGCAGAGCGAGCCCAGGAUGAGGCUGCAAUUGGCUGAGAACUUGCUAAGAGAAACCCAGUCUCUGCUCCACAGACUGGAGGGUCAGCCCAGCGACGUGCCAUCUCGAGCCGAGCCGGAGACGUCUCAGUCCACCUCUUCAUCCUCUUCCUCUACAGCUGCCACUGAAGGAGCAGCACAGCCUAUGGACACCGCCCCUCCUGCCCCACCUCCCCCUCCCACCUCCUCCACCCAGAGAGAGCGACCACCCCACUCCGGGUCCAACCACCCCAGCCCAGCGGAGCUGGUGGAGGUGUUGUCAAAGAUGAGGAGGGUGGAGGAGAGGCUUCGUCCCUUCAUAGAGAGAACUCAAUCCAUCCUGGGGGCUGCCACUUCAGCAGACUACAACACGCAGGAGAGAGAGGGGGACCAGCACGUUCUCAACCUGGUCGGGGAGGCUCUCCGUCUCCUUGGCAACACCCUGGUUGCCCUUAGCGACCUGCGUUGUAACCUGGUCACUCCUCCCCCCCGUCACCUCCACGUGGUUCGGCCCAUGUCCCACUACGGCUCCCCCGUCCUGCUGCAGGGUGGUAUGCCCCACCACGUCCCGGGAAACCUGGGGACCACAGUGACUAUGACUUCCAAUGGGAGGCAGGCAGCCGAGGGCCAAGCCCAACCUUCUCAGGCCCCUGGCCCACCAGAGAGCCAGGCCCUCCCUCCACAGCCCAACCAGCAGCCAGGUCAGGGCCAGGGGGCUCCGCAUGUGAUCAGAAUCACCCACCAGACCAUGGAGCCUGUGGUAAUGAUGCAGAUGAACCUGGAUGAUUCUGGCAGCAGCCCUCAGGUCCAAGGACAACAGAUCCCAAUUGGUACUGGACAGCCUGGUGCCACUCCGGUCCACAUCCCAGACCUUCCUCCAGAGUUCAUGCAGGCCAUCGUCCACCAGAUCUCUCAGCAGACCGGGCAACCAGAAGCGGAUGUCCCCGGGACCACCUCAGCCUCUGAACCCUCUGCCCCUACUCACCCUCACAGCCCUCUGCCCCCUGGGGCCAGGGUGGUGGUCACACACCCCUCCUUCUCCCCUCACAUCCCCCAGCCUGUGGUCACCAACAUCAACCUCGGGGCUUCAGUGCCCCCUGCUGGCGGACAACACAACCUGCAGGGCACACCUCUGGCUCACUCUCCCGUAACUCAGAUGAUCAGUGGUCUGAUUGGACAGCUCCUGAUGCCUGGACAACAGAUGCCUGGACACCAGGUUCCUCCAGGUGACCAGACAUCCACCAGCUCCUCCUCUGCCUCCCACUCCUCCUCUUCAUCCACCUCCUCUUCUGCGUCCUCCAACCCCAUCCCUCCCCACCCCUCUGGGGCGACCACCUCUGGCCAGACCACCACCCACACCACCAACACCACCUCUGUGGGCCAGCCACCGGAGGGGUUUGCCGAGGCCAACCUAGCCCAGCUCCUGGGCUCUCUGCUGGGUGGAGCAGGCGGGCCAGGAGCCCCUGGUUCUGGAGCUAACCCACAAAUCACUGUGACCGUACCUGGAGUCCCAGGGUUCUUCCAAGGCAUGUCAGAAUUCAUCCAGGCUAACCAACCCAUGUUCUCCCGACCCACAACCUCACCCGGCCAGGAGCCUCCCCCUGGCCAAGGCACCCCUGCCCCCCCUCAGGUGGCCCCUGGGGGUGUCGGGGACCCCUUCCUGAGCCCAGAGCUGUUUACAGGUAUUGUCCAGGGGGUCCUCUCCACCAUGAUGGGGGCUCCGCAGGGGAACGGGGAGAGCAUCGCUCAGUUCAUCCAGAGACUGUCUCAGACCACCAACCUCUUCACACCUGGAUCUGGGGACGCAGUAGGGUUCUUCGGGGACCUGUUGUCUCUGGUGGGUCACAGUUUCUCCAUGGUGGACAUAAUGUUGUUACUCCACGGUAAUGCCCAGCCAAUCAGCCGGAUCCAGCCCCAGCUCACUGACUUCUUCAACCAGCACUACCUGCAGGGUCCAGAGCCUACUGAUGCCAAUAUUAACGCAGCAUCUGAGGACCUCAUCAAUGGCCUGGAGGAGUACAUAACGGAGUGCUUUGCCACGGUGACAGUGAGAGAGGGAGUGGACAUCAUUCAAAUCAACAGCUCUUUCCUUAGACAGCAGUUCACCCGCAUGGCCACGCACAUCCUACGCUGCACAGACCACACGUUUGGCCCCCGCCUGCUGCUGCUCUGCACCCAGGGUCUGUUUGAGUGUCUGGCUCUCAACCUUUACUGUCUCCGAGGGGAACAGGGAGCUCUCACCCAAGUCAUCAAUCACCACAUCAGGAGGAUGUCAGCAGAGGUCAACCCCAGCCUGGUGAACUGGCUAACUAGUAUGAUGACCAUGAGACUCCACGUCAUCCUGGAGCACAACCCAGUCACUGAGGACCACAUCCAGCACUAUGUCAUCCACACACGGAGAGUAGAGCCUGAGGCACAGGCUGGACAGCAGACAGACACACAGAACAUGGAGAUGGCUGAAGGUCUGUCUCCGGCCCCAGCCACCACAGCAGGGGCUGCCAUGGUUUCAUCAGGGGACAGACAGGAAGUUGAAGCGUCCCCCGGGGUGACCACCCCCUUGCGGAGAGCAUCAUCAGGGGAGAUCGGAAGAGCCGUUGCCAUGGCAGCAGGAAGAAGGGAGGAGUCUGUAGGAGAUGUGGAGCCCUGGGGAGCUGCAGUGCCCCCUGAGUGGGUUCCUAUCAUCAGACAUGACAUGCUGUCUCAGAGGAAGAUGAAGACUCAAUCCCCUCUGUCUGACGCAUACCUCCACGGGAUGCCUGCCAAGAGGAGGAAGACUCACCAGGGUGAGGGCCCUCAACUGUCCCUGUCUGAGGCAGUGAGCCGGGCUGCCCGGGCUGCAGGAGUCAUACCUGUCACUAGCCCAGAUAGCCUCCAGGGGGAGCUAGAGGAGCCAGAGCUGCAGGAGGCCUACCAAGAACAGGUGAGGAGUGACAUCAAAGAGAGAGUGAGGGAUGACCAAGACUUCAGCUCCCAGCGUUUCCCCAACACACACCAGGCCUUCUCUCUAGAUGACUCUUAAAUCUCAUUGGUCCUCAGGCUUGUCAACAACUCCAUCUAGCUAAUCAGUUUUCUUCCUGGAUGACUUCUAAUCUGAUUGGUUACCACACCUGUCAAUAACCACAUCUAGCCAAUCACUCACAACCGUGAUGUAUCCAGGGGUGUGUAUCAUCAUGUCAGCUUGAUUCGGGACAUUUCUAUCUUCAACAUGUAACGUGCCCCAGACUCCAUUCUGCAACAUUCCCUGCAGGUCUCAUAUCCAAUGAAGGGCAAAGAGAACACAAGAGACAUGACUUGCUUAGACCCUGCUUUCUCAUUGGCCUGCCACGGAAAAUGCCACUCAUUGAAAACCGAGAAGCGCUUUACAACCUGUCUGUCAUCUGUCAAUGGAAAAUGUCAGUCUGGAAUCUUCCCCCAAAACCAGGCUUUCUCAUUCCUAACUGGUUGUCAUCUGUAUGUCCUGUUGUCCUUAUGAGGCUUCAACUUGUAAAUGAGCACAAAUUGUACAUUGUAUUAAGAAUGUGAUGUAGUGAUAAUGCAAUAGCUUUUUCUUAAGUUAAUAAAGUAGCAAAACCUUUCCAUAG